AUGUCGGCCCGUCUCAUUACCACGGUAUUGCUGUGCACAGUAUCCGUCUUCGGCCUGGAGACGAUCAAGUUCCGUCCGUGCAAAUCCACCUUCACGGUUGAUCGAGUGGCUGUCAAAGGAGCGCAAGUGACGGAAGAAGACGGAAAGCAGGUGCUCAUCUUCAAGCCGGACACCAAACCGCUGAUGCACAUCGAAUUCACGCCGACCAUCGACACCUCGGCCAAGUACCUGACAUCAGUCAAUGCCAAGGGUAAAGACGGACUAUUGAAGUGGACCCUUCCCCAGCCCGAGUCUUGCGAGUUCAUGGAAUGCCCGUUGGAGAAGGGCAAGCAGGUCACCUACGAGCAGGAGUUCCAUCUGAAGGCACAGUACCCGAAGGGUCACAACAUGCAAGUCAAUUGGGCCCUCGAGCGUGAAGGCCAAAACGAGAAGGACGUCUGCAUCAUCUUCCUCGCCAAGAUUCUUGAGGCC